AGGUGCAUAGUUCGGAAUCACGUAUCAGGUGUCACCAAUCGCAACCGGCAAAGACGCACCCUUCUUUUAAGAAAUUCGGAGGCUUACGGCGAAUUAUCGUUGCUAACGUAGGUCGGACCGAUGAUGAACCGAGUUAAAAUCUCUCGUAAAUCCCUGUCACGUGUGUAUGCGUGUAUAGAUUCACGUACACGCGUGCCUCACGAGUGAUCGUGGUGGUGCUUCGCGUACACGUAGCAAAGCGAGGGAGUCUCGAAGGCGGUCUUCAGUUUCGGUUAAGCAUUCGUCGAAGAGAGAGAAUCCAUCUCGCUUCGUUCUCCGGGUUUCCACCUACGCCGUUUUCCCCCGUCAAGUUAGCCCGGGUGUCACACCGAGGUUUCGGCUUCCGGCUUAAAGCUUUAGCUACCCACCCACGCUGUCGCCGUUCCUACGGGGAGUGCGUGCUCAAAGGACUUCCGUUCUCCAACAAUAUGAUUGGUCGCUACUACGGGUCCGAUCUCGGCCAGAUUUAUGAAAAGGACCGGCAAUGGAAAUUGGAAAAGUCUGAAAUCAAUGUGACUCUAAAUCGGGAAUAAAAGUAGAGAACAAAAAUGUGGAAUUCGUUCGGUAUUUUAUUAUUUGUCACGUGAUGGUGCGUAUGAUGUAAAAACGAAGGAGAAAGAGAAAGAAGGAGAUUCUGUGAUUUGUCAUCGUGGCGACAAUCAUCCACGGCAAUUUCUCGGAUUUUUGAUAAGACUUCGGUCCAUUCGGAUAUCAAGGUCCAAUGUGACGUUUAUUUAGCAGCAGUUAAUACCGAGGAAUCUCUCUCGCCAAAAGUAAUGCAAUUAGUAUGUCGAUGGUAAUUGUCGGUUUAUCGUAAAGAAGAAAGUGCAAAGUGCGGCAAACGAGUGCGAAGAAUUAUUUUUUUCAACCGGAGAGGGUGGUUUAGUUCAUUCGGCGUUUAUUUGCACGGACGCACGAUGCACAGACAAAGAAUGUCGAGAAAAAGAGGUCUUUCUCCUCCCGAAACACGAAUAGAUUUAUCAGUGAACGCACCAAAUCAACACAAAUCAGACGUGCAAUCGAAUUAUGAAACUUUCGAGAUUAAAGCAUGCAAGGAUAAUCCGCAUAUUUGCGGAAAGGAAGCGGCCUGCCGAAGUUUCCCGGAUAGCACUUCGAAAUGUGUGUGUCCACAUGAUUCAUCUCUACCCACAUCGGACUUAAGAUGCCCGAAUCGUUUAACCGUUCCUGCAACGCCACGUCCUAUACAUAAUAUUAUUCUUCCAAACGGUAAUAUUGGAAUAAGUAGUACGAGCACGCGUGAACCGGAAACUGAACAGGUGGAGGAAUUAAAAUUUAAAGUACCUGAAAUAAUAGGAGUAACUAUAGCUUUUGUCACAGUAAUUCUGCUUUUGUUAAGCAUUGUGUAUGGCAUAAGAAGGCGAAGUUAUAACAUAAAAUCACAAAGAAAUCCUCUAGAUGGAACUCCAAUAAAUCUAAAGAAAGGGAUAUUAUUAGCGCAUAAGUAUACGUCUAAUCCUCAAUAUUUCAUCUGCAAUUCUCCAGAAGUCCCGAUUAUACAACGAGAAAGCCUCACUUUCCUGCAUGACAUCGGCGAAGGAUGCUUCGGAAAAGUUUACAAAGGUGAAUGGCGCAACGGAGACGCGACAGAAAUUGUCGCCAUAAAGGUCUUAAAGGACACCGCCACGCCUGAAACCGAACAGGACUUUAUGCGUGAAGUAGACAUCAUGUCCACGUUUGGUCACACGAAUAUUUUGUCCUUGAAAGGCAUGGUACUGCGAGACACGACGAACAAUCCAUGGAUGGUGUUCGAGUAUAUGCCGUAUGGCGACCUCGCCGAAGUACUACGGUCGAAUUCUUCACAAUUCAGACCGUCAAAAUCCGAACUACAGCCAUUAACAAAGGAUUCACUACAUUGGAUCUCGAUUCAAAUUGCGGCUGGCAUGACUUACUUGUCGGCGCAAAGAUUUGUGCAUCGUGAUCUAGCAUGUCGAAACUGUCUGGUAGGUUCAGGCUUAGCAGUGAAAAUCGCAGAUUUCGGCAUGUCGCGAGACAUUUACACUUGCGAUUAUUACAAGAUUGGAGGAUCACGUCUGUUACCAGUUCGUUGGAUGUCACCCGAAAGUGUGAUAUAUGGAAGGUUUACCUUAGAGACCGACGUAUGGAGUUUUGGUGUUGUCCUCUGGGAAAUAUAUUCAUUUGGAAAGCAGCCAUACUAUGGAUUCAGUAACGAAGAGGUUGUGAAACUCAUACUUCAAGGAACGAUGCUUACUCCGUCAGAUGAAUGUCCGCCUAUCGUUUGUCAAAUAAUGUACGACUGCUGGAAGAUUGAGCCGCGGGAACGAAUCAAGUUUUCCGAUAUUCUAGAAAGAUUGGAAAAGGCGCAAGGCGCUAAAUUAGCCCAGCAAGGGACAUUGCCCAGACCGCCGCAAGGUCCGGUGACAGUGCGUACUCCGGAUGUUUUAGAUCCGGACGGUUACUUGCUUCCGGCUCCUACGAUUCCUCGCGAAUAUCUACAGACCCUUCCAGCUCUGUCAGACUAAUACAUUUGUAAUAUUGAGAAAAAAAAUCUCUGAAAAUCUCCUGUAAAUCUCCAAAAGCUGCUCCUUCGCAUAAGCGCAUAAACGCGAUGCAAAA